AUGCCCAGGGCCAUGCAGACCAGCCUUCGUCGAGGGGCUUCGUCUCGCAGCUCCCGCACCUCCAGAGCCCAGCUGACCUUGUCCGUGAGCCUGGUGGAGCACCAUCUUCGGGAGGGCGGCCAUGGCCCGCGGCUGAGCGAAAAGGCGCCCAUCUUCCUGACUGCCAUCCUGGAGUUCCUGGUGUGCAGUCUACUGGAGCAGGCCAGAGAUGAGGCCCAACGCAGAGGUGCCCAGAGGCUCAUCACCCCGCAGCUGCUGGAGGCCACUGUCUACAGCAACGCCCUACUUGAACAACUGCUCCAAUCCAUCACCAUCUCCCAGGUGGCCCGCCUGAGGCCCACAGGAGUCACCAGGGCCGCAGUGGUCCCUAGCUAG